UAGUGGUAAACAUUUACAAACGUCAUCUCUUGUGUACCAGACCUUGGCUCUUGCUCGCAGAGUACGUUGGCGCCUCUUCAAUAUGAUGAUGAGCUGACAGUUGACAUAGUCUGGACUACUCGGUUCUACAAAUCGUUUAUUGGAUCUUCAUCUACAUCAACAUGUGUUAUUACGAGAGGAUCAACUGCGGAAAGUGCAGGAUUACGGAGCACCGCCUCAUCCAGCACUGUCAUUUCGCACGCAACGACCCAGGCCAUCAAUGCUUUGGCGCUUGGAACAUCAAGCGCGAAAGGACUCAUGAUUGCGACAGUUGCAUCGAAGGAAAGAGAGGAGACCAGACCGGAACGGCAGCAACCCGAAACGUCCAGUCAUCAUAUCGUGUCGCCAGCGGAAGAUAAUGCGUUAUCAGACCGAACUCAACAGUAACAACAAGAGAUUUGGGCCAGAACUACACGUUCUAAUGGGGUUCUUGAAUGAUGCGCCUUAUUUUGAUACCCAGGGAGAGAUGAAUUUGUUCUUUUUGGGAGUUUUCACGCGUCAUUGUAUCAUGUUUUAGUGGUGAAUAUGUCUUGGUCGUAUAUUCGACAAAUAUUGAUGGUUGCUGCCAUGUAAAGUUUGGGUGGGCUGUUUCGUGG